UGGCCGCUCCUUCCGGUUCGAGGCUGUUGCUGCUGUGAGCUAACGUAAAGAUGGCGGAAGACGAGAAGAGUGGCGAGCCUGCGGAGGAGAAAAACGAACUGCAAAUUAUGAAGGAGCUCGUGGAUGAACUGUAUAAUUUCAGAGAUUGCUAUUUUGAGACUCACAGUGUGGAGGACGCCGGGAGGAAACAAAGUGAUGUCGCACAGGAGAGCGAAAAGACACUGAAGAGGCUAGAGGAGAAAGAAGAUAAUUUUAAACACAAAGCAGAGUUUCUGCUGCAGAAGGGCAGGUGUCUAAACGUGGCUCCAGACUUCAGCACCGUAGCAGAAGAGUGCCUUUCACGCGCCGUAAAGCUGGAGCCUGGCUUGGUCGAGGGCUGGAACACAUUGGGGGAGCAGUACUGGAAAAAAGGAGACCUGACCGGUGCCAAGAACUGCUUCACUGGAGCCUUGCAGCAGAGCAAGAACAAAGUGUCUCUACGCAACCUGUCUAUGGUGCUGAGACAGCUGCCGCCGGCGGACAGCAACGUACAUCAUGGCAAGCAGGUGAUGGAGAGUGUGGACAUGGCCCGACAAGCUGUCCAGCUGGACGUCACCGACGGGACAUCUUGGUACAUCCUGGGAAAUGCUUAUGUGUCCCUGUUUUUCACCUGUGGACAGAAUCCACAGUUGUCUCAACAGGCGCUAACUGCCUAUGCACAAUCUGAAAAAGUGGACAGAGCUGCCUCUUGUUACCCGGAGCUGCAUUUCAACCGAGCCACUCUGUUCCAAUAUGAGGAAAUGUACGGGUCUGCUCUUGCCGGCUACAGCCGAGCGGCGGCACUCGACCCUGGGUGGGAGGAGCCUCCAGAGAGAGAGAAGCAGCUGCUGGAGUACCUGGGGAAGGUCACAGAACUCAUACAGAACAAGGGGAAGGUGAAGGCACGUCGGUUGAGGACGAUGCUCUCUAACCUCAACACGUCAGCGUUGGGUCCCUGCUCCUCCCCUCAGUUCCGUUCCCCAACAGGCCGUGUCGGCAGCAUGGAGCCUCGAACUCUUUCCUCCCUCACACACGGUCACAACGCUGGGGUUGCCACCCUGGGCAAGGUGGUGUUCAGUCUGGCCUCUGAGGGUCGCAUGGCUUUUACGUUUGGCAUGGUGGACAGCGAGGAGUCAUGUAUAGUGGUGAUGGUAUACAACACAGCGGAUAGCUGGGGCGUCCUGAUAGGAGACACUGUAGUCAUUCCUGAACCUCAGGUCAAACGACACAGUAUAACACAUAAAGAUAAGGUGUUUGAUUUCAGAAGUAUACGAGUGGACUCUCCUCUGCUCCUCAUCGUCAACGGCAAGAAACAAAACGCCCAAAGUCAGAUUGCUGCCUCAGUCAGCUACAAGCCGCAGAGCGAAUGAGCUGAACAAGCACGAGGAAAUACAUUAAGAGGACCAUUUUUUCUGGAUUUUAAAGAAGAGUUUGGAUAAUUAUGGAAGUUGAAGUUCCCAAAGUUUGUGCCUGUUUUGGGUUUGUAAAUAGAAGUUACCCUGUUACUUUGUUUAAACAAUUUUGUUUAUAUUUAUAUUUUUUUGUUGUUGUUGUGGAGACAACACAGUUCUUUUUGUAAAUUAAUGAACCUGUGAUGGGAUGUCCGAUUUAAUUGUGACUUAAGUUUACCCUGAAAAAAAGUAAUUUUAUGUUAAA